AUCGUCGGCGUCCCAUCUACCCUUCAUUUCUGACCGCAAUGCCUCCCAGACAAGCUCAAGGGUCCAACAAAGCUUUCAAUGACAAAGGUAAACCUAUGGAGGUUCGCCUCUCGAAUUUGGUCGCGGCAAAAGCUAUCAGCGAUGCUGUCCGAACAUCCCUGGGACCUCGAGGCAUGGACAAGAUGAUCCAAACAUCGAAAGGAGAGGUCAUCGUUACGAAUGAUGGUGCAACUAUUCUCCACAGUAUCCAGGCAUUGCAUCCCGCUUCGAAGAUGCUCGUGGAUCUUUCCGCUGCACAAGACGUAGAGGCAGGUGAUGGAACUACAUCUGUGGUUGUUCUCGCAGGUAGCUUCCUCGGUGCGGCGGAGAAGAUGUUGCAAAAGGGCAUUCACCCCACAAUCAUCGCCGAGUCUUUUCUGAAGGCUUCGGCAAAGUCUGUCGAAUUCCUCACAGAGAUCUCAACUCCAAUCGAUUUAAAUGACCGUGCUGCUCUCUUGCGUGCGGCCAGCACGUCUCUGAACUCGAAGAUCGUUUCUCAAUACUCUUCGACACUUGCGCCCGUUGCGGUUGACGCUGUCACGCGUCUUGCCUCCCCCACAUCUUCGAACGUUGACCUCCGAGACAUCCGUAUUGUCAAGAAGGUCGGCGGCACGAUUGAAGACACCGAGCUUAUAGACGGUGUUGUACUCAAUCAAAACGUGAUCACCUCUGCUGGUGGUCCGACUAGGAUAGAGAAGGCCAAGAUCGGUCUCAUCCAAUUCCAGUUGAGCGCGCCUAAACCCGAUAUGGAUAACACCGUGAUCAUCAACGACUAUCGCCAGAUGGACAAAGUUUUCAAAGAGAAUCGGACCUACCUUCUCAACCUUUGCAAAAAGAUCAAGAAGGCGGGCUGCAACGUGCUCUUGAUUCAAAAAUCUAUCCUCCGCGAUGCCGUAGAAGAUACAUCGCUGAACUUCCUGAAAAAGCUCAACAUACUCGUUAUCAAGGAUGUCGAGCGCGAUGAGAUCGAGUUUUUGACGAAGAGUAUGGGGUGUAAGCCUAUCGCUGACAUCGACGCGUUCACGGAAGAUAAGCUGGGAUAUGCGGACCUUGUUGAAGAGACCAGCCAAAGCGGUACCAAGAUCGUAAAAAUCACGGGCGUCAAGAACAGGGGAAAGACAGUCAGUAUUCUUGCUAUGGGUAGCAACUCCAUCGUGAUGGAGGAAUGCGAGCGUAGUCUUCAUGAUGCGCUCUGCGUUAUACGGUGUCUUGUUAAGAAGCGGGCUCUGAUUGGCGGAGGUGGUGCUCCGGAGAUUCAUGUGUCUCGGAUGCUCUCCCAGUAUGCACAAUCGUUGAAGGGAAUGGAGGCAUAUUGUUUCCAGGCUUAUGCGGACGCGCUCGAGGUCAUCCCUACGACGCUUGCGGAGAAUGCUGGCCUCAACCCCAUCUCCAUUGUCACUGAGCUGCGCAAUCGACAUGCGCUGGGCGAGCGGAAUGCAGGCAUCAAUGUCCGAAAGGGCUCCAUCUCCGACAUCCUCCAAGAGGAUGUCGUACAACCUUUACUCGUAUCGACCAGUGCGAUCGAACUGGCGACGGAGACGGUGACAUUACUGUUAAAAAUCGACGAUUAUGUGCAAGCGCGAUGAUGCCGAGUGGACUAUUGCUCUGAUGUGUCGUUCAGAAUGAAGUCAUUUGUAUAAUCAAGGGAUCAGAACUAGCAACGUUACACCGUUUGAAUCAUGUUUAGAAUCUCCUCAAAGCAUGAAGGUUUUUACCU